GUAUGUUUUGUAUCAAUUGUAUAUUUACAAGAAAUAAGGAUCAUAGAAAAACAUUAGUUUAUUGAUAGUGUACAGCUGUACAAACUACUUGUUAUUAAGGUCUAAUGGUGUUUAGUGUAUUAAGUUUUCCUAAAUUAUUUAUUAUUUUCCAAUUAGUGUCAUGAAAUACGUUAAAAAUGGUGUGAUAAAAUCAAGAUUUAAUUCCUUUUACCUGGAAGAGAAAAAUGAAUUUAAAGUAAGGCGUCUAAUUCCAAAUUUAUUUACUCAGGAAAAGGUUAAAAUCUCAUGUUCGGCCUAUUUAACGGAGUGUUCUCCUCAUCAUCCGUUUCGGGUUAUAUCCCCGAAAUGGAGCAAAUUAUUAGCCAGCUUGAGCGGGGUACCAUAGUCACUAAGUUCUCAUGGAGGAAGAAACCUGAAAGGAAAACUUUGGCCAUCCGCAGAGAAACGAAACAAAUUGUCUGGAACAGGCCUGUUCCAGGGCCAAAAUGCACGUUCGAUGGUGCGGUCGAUUUGAGAGAGGUGAAAGAAAUUAGACUUGGGAAAAACUCAAAGGAUUUUGAAAAAUGGCCUGAGGACUCUAACAGAAUCGAUGCUGUUAUAUGUUUCGUUAUUUUUUAUGGAUCAGAAUUUAAACUGAGAGUUCUCAGUAUCGUAGCUCUAUCAAAAAGCGAGUGUGAACUAUGGAUAAGAGGACUUAGAUACUUAGUUAAGGACACCAUAAAUGCGCCAUAUCCCCUUCAAGUUCAAACAUGGCUAAGAAGGGAAUUCUACGCGAUGGAAACGCCUAGGGAAACAGUUUCUCUAAAGGAAGUAAAAGCCUUUUUACCUCGAUUAAAUUGUAAAAUACCCACUAACAAGCUAAGAGAGAUUUUUAAUGAAGUUGAUACAAGGAAACGAAUGGAAAUAGGAUUUGAUGAUUUCACGUUGCUGUAUCACAAAUUAAUCUUCGACGAACAUAAUGUCCAUGAUAUUUUCGACAAGGUGAUGCUUUAUUCUGAAAAUUAUCAGACAGUAACAUUAAAAGAAUUUCAAAACUUUUUGCUUAAAGAGCAAAGAGAUGAUUUAGGAAAAGAUCAAAAUAAAGUCUCUCAGUUUAUCUGUGAUUUUCUCAAGGAUCCACAACGUGAUGUUCAAACUCCAUGUUUCACCCUUUCAGAAUUCUUAGAUUUUCUGUUUUCCAAGCAAAAUGAUCUCUGGGAUCCCCAAAAAGAUGUAGUGUAUCAAGACAUGACAAAACCUCUUGCUCACUAUUGGAUCGCCUCUUCACACAACACGUACUUAACAGGUGAUCAGUUUUCAAGUGAGUCGUCUGUAGAAGCAUACGUAAGAUGUUUAAGGAUGGGUUGCCGUUGUAUAGAGUUGGACUGUUGGGAUGGUCCUGAUGGAAUGCCCUUCAUUUAUCACGGGCACACGCUUACAACCAAAAUUAAAUUUCUUGAUGUUAUUCGUACUAUUAAAGAUCAUGCUUUUGCCACUUCUGAAUACCCUGUAAUAUUAUCGAUUGAAGACAAUUGUUCUUUACCUCAACAAAGAAAAAUGGCCACAGCUAUGCAGGAAGUUUUUGGUGAUAUGUUGGUUACUCAAUCAAUUGAAAAAAAUGAGAAACAGUUGCCAUCACCUUACCAACUUCGAAGGAAAAUUAUAUUGAAACAUAAAAAGCUUCCUGAGGGACAAGAAGAAAAUCCUAUUGUAAUAAAAAACGAUGGCAACGACAUGGAUCUGCGUAAUUCUAUAAAAAACGGCAUAAUGUACAUAGAAGACCCCAUUGAUAAAGAAUGGAACCCUCACUUCUUCGUUUUGACACAAAACAAAUUAUUUUAUACCGAUAGUUAUAAAUUGGAUAUGGACUCGGAAAAGUCAGAAGACGAAGAUGAAAAUACGAGUUUAUCACAUCCCAAGAACGACGUACCCAACGAAGAGCUCCACUUUGCAGAAAAAUGGUUCCACGGACGUCUCCCGAAAGGUAGAGAAGAGGCGGAGCAUCUUCUCAAAACGUAUUCUCACCUAGGGGAUGGCACUUUCUUAGUAAGAGCAAGCGUAACGUUUGUGGGCGAGUACUGUUUGUCGUUUUGGCGAAAUGGCUCUGUUAAUCAUUGCCGCAUAAAAUCGAAGCAAGACAAACAACAAACUAAGUAUUAUUUGACUGACAUGAAGUACUUCGACAGUCUCUACAGUUUGAUUACACAUUUUCGAAGUCAUCCUUUAGUGACAGCUGAAUUUUCUAUAACACUUCAAGAACCCGUUCCUCAACCCAACAAGCACGAGGGAAAAGAAUGGUACCACAAACAAACGACCAGAGCCCAAGCUGAAGACGUGUUAAAACGGAUACGAACCGAAGGGGCGUUCCUGGUAAGGCCUAGCGAAAAUGAUGCAAAUUCUUAUACAAUAACAUUCAGAGCUGAUCGAAAGAUCAAACACUGUAGAAUUAAAGUGGAAGGUAGACUCUAUACCAUUGGCAGCGUAGAGUUUGAGAGUUUAGUAGAGUUAAUCAGCUACUACGAACACCGUCCCCUUUAUCAUAAAGUCAAAUUGUGCUAUCCUGUCAGUGAAGACGCUGUUAGAAGAAUAAGAAUGGAAAAUGAAGAUAUGGGCAAUUACAAUGGAACUCCUUCAUAUAUGGAUCCAACAGCCUUUUCUGCGCCAAAGAUUACAGUUAAAGCUCUCUAUGACUACAAAGCUCAACAGCCUGACGAAUUAUCAUUUUGCAAACACGCUAUAAUCACUAAUGUAACAAAACCUGAUUCUAGUCAGGGUUGGUGGAGAGGCGAUUACGGUGGCAAAAAACAACAUUAUUUUCCAGCAAAUUAUGUCGUUGAGAUAGAUCGAAUUGAUCCUCAGGAAAAUGGUGAAAGUGGAUCUGGAGAACCUUUGCUGCAAGGCAAUUUAGAUAUGAAUGGAGCGGUUGUAGAUUUCUUUCAUAAUGCAGAAAGACCAGGUCUGGAAUGGAUUCUUCGUAUUGUUACCACAACCGCUUGCACCCCUUUAGAAGUUGCAGUCCAAUCCAGAGAAAUGGCAUUAGAAUGGUCAUUAGCAAUAAAACAAACUGCUCAAAAGGCGAGCGUUUUAGAAACGCAACACAAAGAAAUGGAAAAGGCGUUUAGAAUAGCGAAGGAAAUGUCCAAUCUUAUUAUUUACUGUCGGUCAGUUACUUUCAAUUUGGACAGAGUGAAGCAGAACUUUAUUUUUUACGAAAUGUCUUCGUUUCCGGAAAAUAAAGCAGAAAAAUUGAUAUGUCAGCAAGAAAAUAAAUUCUUCUUGAAGUAUCAUCAGAUACAAUUUUCUCGAGUGUAUCCUAAGGGUCAGCGAAUUGACUCAUCAAACUACAACCCUGUUCCAAUAUGGAAUUCAGGUUCACAGAUGGUAGCUUUAAAUUAUCAAACUGGUGAUAAACCAAUGCAGCUAAAUCAGGCAAAAUUCAGAGACAACGGUUUCUGCGGUUAUCUAUUAAAACCGCAAUUUAUGUUUCGGGAGGAUUUUGAUCCGUAUGAUAAAAACACCCUUGUCGCUGUUGAACCUAUGACUAUUUCAAUCAGAAUUAUCGGUGCAAGACACCUUAGUAAAUCAAAAAAAGGAUUGAGCAGUCCGUUCGUUGAAAUUGAAGUCCUUGGUGCUGAAUUUGACUCUGGAAUCAAACUUACAACCAAAACUAUUCCUGAUAAUGGAUUUAAUCCAACCUGGAAUGAAAUUUGUGAGUUUGAUGUAGUAAAUCCAGAUUUUGCACUGUUGAGAUUUCUGGUACAAGAUGAGGAUGUAUUUGGUGAUCCAAAUUUUAUAGGACAAGCUACUUAUCCUGUUAAAUGUUUGAGAACAGGCUAUCGAAGUGUUUGUCUUAAAAAUGCUUUUAGCGAAGAUUUGGAAUUAGCAUCAAUAUUGAUACAUAUCAGUAUAAGAAACCCACUUGAGUCGUCAAAUUCUAUAUCAUUUAAUCAUCAUGCAGAACUUGGGAGAUUUUUUACGCCUUAAGUAGAAAAUAAAUGUAAAUAGUAUGAUUGACGAUUAUUUUUUAGUUGCUCUGACUUUUACUACUUAUCUGUAACCGCAGUAUAGUCAAUAUUUACGAUAGUAAAUAAGUCGGAAUAUGUUUUUAUUUGAAAAUUUUACUACUGUUGUCAAUAAUACCUCCACAUUGUAUAUUUCUAAAACUAGAUGUGAUAAAACUGUAAAUGGUAAUAUUUUCGUAUGAAAUAACUGAAUUUACAUUAGGCAUUUUUUAACUUAAGCUGUUAAACUUUGGAAAAAUUCCUCGAAUGUUAGUGAUUUUUUACUACAUUACUAAAAACCAUCUACCCAGCAUUCAAGUUGACUGAUUUGUUUAUAACAUAUCAGGUAUUAGGUUCAUGUGAAUAAUAAAAAUUAUAAGAACAAA